AAUUGGAAGAUUUGCGACUCACGACUCACGAGACCUGCAAGCAGAAUUCUCUCUUUUUCUCGUUCUCCAUUCUCCACAAGCUCUCUUGUUCAUCCUACAUCCAUUUAAAUCAGUAUGUCUGCCUCUUGCCGCCGGCUAACCGCCGGCGUUCGUGUUCCAAUGGUUGCCAGGCAGGUUCUGGGAGCCAGCGAGAUUUCGAGGCUUUGUGGAGUUGGAAUGAACAGGCGGAAGGGGAUCGUUUUGAGGGGGAGGCGGCUGGUGGUGGCGGAGGCGGAGGCUGUGGGAAGAGGAGGAGUGCGGGUGAGAUCGGAUGGGGGAGGUGAGGAGAGGGUGGAGAAGUGGUCGUACGGGUCGGAGGAUCGGCGGAGGGGCGAUUUGGUGGUGGUGGAGGAAAAGGAGGAUGUUGGCUGCGCUGGUGGCGGUUGUGAGGGUGAUCGGAGGAUGAAAGUGGUUAUCGCGGCGGCGUUUACGGUGGUGCUGGGAGUAGGGAAUCGAGUGCUGUACAAGCUGGCCUUGGUUCCUCUCAAACAUUACCCAUUCUUCCUCGCUCAGCUUGCCACUGUCGGAUAUGUACUUGUGUACUUCUCUAUCUUGUCUCUGCGUUACAAUGCUGGAAUUGUUACAGAUGAGAUGCUUUCCUUGCCAAAGACUCCCUAUGUUGCUGUGGGCCUUUUAGAGGCUCUUGGUGCUGCUACUGGAAUGGCAGCUGGAGCAAUUCUUUCUGGAGCAUCAAUUCCAAUUUUAUCUCAGAGCUUUCUUGUCUGGCAACUUCUCCUAUCAGCUAUUUUUCUUGGUAGGAGAUACAAAGUCAACCAAUUACUUGGAUGUUUUCUUGUGGCUAUUGGUGUAAUAAUAACUGUAGCAAGUGGAUCUAGUGCUGGUGCUUCGUUGAAGGGAGCUGGCAUAUUUUGGAGUCUUUUGAUGAUAGUUUCUUUUUUGUUUCAAGCGGCUGAUACAGUCUUGAAGGAGAGAAUUUUCUUGAAGGCCGCUGAGCAAUUAAAGGGAGGUUCAGUGGAUCUAUUUGUUGUAAAUUCCUAUGGAUCUGCUUUCCAAGCAUUGUUCAUAUGCCUUCUCCUGCCCUUCUUAUCAAAGUUAUGGGGUGUUCCAUUUAGUCAUCUGCCAAACUACCUUAAAGAUGGUGCAGCCUGCUUUCUGAACAUCGGUUCUUUGUCCAGUGGAUGUGAUGGUGCACCGCUACUGCCAUUGCUCUUUGUUGUAGUCAACAUGGGCUUCAACAUAUCACUGCUGCAUCUCCUCAAGAUAUCUUCCGCUGUGGUAUCUUGCCUUGCAUCCACUUUUUCAGUGCCAAUUGCUGUGUACAUGUUCACACUGCCGCUUCCAUAUCUUGGUGUCGCAUCUUCUCUUCCACCAGCUUUUGUGACAGGUGCUAUUAUCCUUCUGGUGGGCCUAAUGAUUUAUGCAUGGACACCGCCGUCAAUGAAUCUAAACAGUUCUUCCUCACCUUCAAUCCACUAGAAUAAGAUCAUUCACCAGCAUCAUCACCAUUAGUUAAACUCAGAGAAUGGUGUACAGCCGCUCUCUUCAGUGAUGGCAAAAUAAGAGGCAGAGAAGUAAAAUGGUAUUGAAAUUGUAAUUUUUAUUCCAUGUAUAAAUGGCUAAUGGGCAUCCAUAAUCAUUUAUGUGCAAACAGCUUGAAAAGAAAAUAACCUUGUAGCUUAUAUUGGGGAAGGUUUUUGUCAGAGUUGGGUCAUUCUGUGUAAA